CUAUACUUGAAAUGGAGUGUUGAUUCAAAUGCGUUCUCCACCUUUUCACUUUCCCCCUUCUGCCUUUCCUUACCCUUUCCACGCCAUUAUUACUUGAAUUCCAUUCUUUUGCCCUCUGUUUCUUGAAAGAAGCCGCCAUUGUUACUUGUCUUCUCCCCUGCUUCGCCGGACCCGUUCUGUUCCUCGUUUUAUUGUUAGUAUUAUGAAGGUAUUAGGCUCUAUUUUUUCUCUACCGUCAGAUCCUAAGACUCGAUCGUGCCUCUGCAGUCUAUUUGUCACUGCUGCGCUACUUUGUGGUGUAUACUCCACAGGAAAUGUAUUCCUUGGAAGAGAUUAUAAGAUACCUGUCCGGUUUGGAAUGAGUCACUCACUACGAAGUGCAAAACCGUGCAGGCACGAGGCUUCAUCUGCAAUGGAUGUAAAAGUGAACGAUACAAAAAAGAAUUUGCAGACUAGUAAAUGCAUGGAAAAUUGCAGACCUGUUGGUAGUGAGCCACUUCCAGAGGGAGUUGUUUGUAAAACAUCAAAUUUGGAAAUGCAGCCUUUAUGGGGUCCUUUCACUCAUAAUGAAAAAUCUCAGCAUGAGAUGAAUUUGUUGGCCAUUCCAGUUGGGAUAAAGCAAAAAGAAUUAGUCAACCAAAUCGUUAAGACGUUUCUAGACGACGACUUUGGUGUGAUGCUGUUUCAUUAUGAUGGCGUAGUGGACGAAUGGAAUGAUCUCGAAUGGAGUAGGAAAGUCAUACAUGUAUCUGCGGCAAACCAAACAAAAUGGUGGUUUGCCAAGCGUUUUCUUCACCCAAAUAUAGUUGCCGAAUAUGAUUACAUCUUCCUGUGGGAUGAAGAUCUUGGAGUCGAAAGCUUUCAUCCAAAAAGGUAUAUAUCGAUAGUGAAAGAAGAGGGUCUUGAAAUAUCUCAGCCUGGACUAGAUCCUCGUCAAUCAGAGGUGCAUCAUCGCAUUACCAUGCGCAGAAGGAAUUCUAAAGUGCACAGGAGGUUCUUUACAUCAAAUGCCAACGGAUGCAACAACAACAGUAGUGCUCCUCCUUGUGUAGGAUGGGUAGAAAUGAUGGCUCCUGUAUUUUCAAAAGCCGCAUGGCGUUGCGCUUGGUUCAUGAUCCAGAACGAUUUGAUUCAUGCGUGGGGGUUGGAUAUGAAGCUCGGUUACUGUGCUCAGGGCGAUAGGACAAAAAAGGUUGGAGUUGUUGAUGAAGAGUAUAUAUACCAUUUGGGCCUUCCUACGCUUGGUGGCGAUUCUCAUAGGCAUAAGCUGAGCUCUCCGGAGCUUUCCCUGCCCAAGAAGAGCCUCAUGGACUCAAAGGCAAUGGGAGCUACCCCAUCAGUGCAUAAACCAGAUAAUAAUAAUAGAGCAGAGGUAAGGAGGCGAUCGUAUGAUGAAAUGAAGGCUUUUGAUAGACGGUGGAAAAGAGCCACCGAGGAAGAUGAAUGUUGGGUUGAUCCUUUUAAAUAACGACGACGCCUCACAAACAUCAUUGUACAGAACAAGAAGAAGAAGAAGAAAAGGAAGAAGAAGAGAGAUACUGCUUGAGAAAGAAAUCUUUUUAAGAAUUUUUUAGUUUGCUUCUAAUUUUUUUUGGGUAAAAAGUUGUCACUUUUUUUAUUUUUUACAGUACUGUAAAAUGAGUAGAUUUUCUUAGAAUUUGUUCAUACGAGGGGAAAUGAAGAGUUCCUUUCACU